AUGAAAACAAACAAUACAGACUACUGCGCGGCCUUCUGCACCCCCAGUGUGUCCCAGUCCCCGUACCUGCAGACGGUGGGGGGGGGGGCUCCUGCCCGGCAUCGACGUGCUGUGGACCGGUCCCAAAGUGGUGUCCCACAAGAUCUCCGUGGAGUCCAUCGAGGAGACUACUGCGCGGCCUUCUGCACCCCCAGCGUGUCCCAGUCCCCGUACCUGCAGACGGUGGGGGGGGGGCCCCCUCCCCGGCAUCGACGUGCUGUGGACCGAGGCGUCCUCACGAACCCCAACUGCGAGUUUUACCCGAACUUCGUGGCCAUCCACACGCUGGCGACGUGGUGCAAAGCCCCCGCCGACGGAGGCUCCAGAGACGAGGAAAUGGGUGAGGACGGGGACCCGGGCUACAGCCCCCAGGGAGCCCUGACCCUGGCCCUGACCGACUGGCUGCAGGAGCUGCUGAACCCAGACCAACCCGGAGGCUACCUGAUCCACGAGUCGGCGGCGUGGAGCUCGGGGCUCCGGCGUUGGUUCUUCCUGCCCCGCCGGGCGAGUCACGAUCGCUACGAGGAAGCCGCGGACGAGCGGCGCGCCACCAACCUGCUGCUGUCCUGCCCCGAGGACUUCAGCCGCAUCAGCGCCCGCCGGGUGGGCCCGCUCAGCCCCACGCACGGGUUCUCCUCAUUCAGGUUCAUCCCAGACACAGGGGACCGGCUGGUCCUGGCGCUGAAGUCGGAGGAGGACGCGGGCCGGAUCGCCACCUACAUCACGGCCUUCUCACUGGACGGACGCGUGCUGAUGCCGGAGGAAAAGAUCGGAGACGUGAAGUACGAGGGCCUGGAGUUCAUCUGA